AUGCGACAGAUGUCGGGCAAGAAAGGUGUUGUGACCGUCAACCUCCGACUCAUUGCUGAUGACCAGACACGCUGCAUCCCAGAACUCGGCUCACCGCUGUCACCGUCAAGCCCAUCAAAGUGCUCUUCCUGCACACGCUCCAACACCGAAUGUACCUUCCUUAAAGGGUACAAGAAGGCUGGGCGUCGCUCACGGGUAGAAAACGAAGCCAGGUCGAUGCGGCAGAGCACGUCGGCUUCAGCAGAGGCAGGAAGGCCACCCACUCCACCUGCCUGGUCGCCGCCCUUUGGAGCCGCUACGACGUCGGCAGUCACUACCGAUGAGCCUGUAGCCCCGGUAUACCUGUGUGCCACGGCACCGCUCCCUCCUGCGCUGCCAACACCAGACUUGUUCACGGGCCUCGUCGAUGUGUUCGCCGGCAGCAGCGGCAGCCAGUAUCCUGGUGCGUCGCUGAGCCCUGCGGCACCCAUGGUCGAGACGUCACCGGUGGCCGCAGCGUCGACUGUCGGUGCAUCGCGUGCCCCGGUGUACACGGCGGACACGCAGAUUGAGGAUGUCGCGCCUUGGGAGACGGUCAACUUCUUCAUCACUCUCUGGUUGCGGUAUUGCCACAGCCUGAGUCCGCUGGCCCACAAGCCGAGCUUUAGUCAGCUGAUCACAAUGCGCGAGGACCGCGAGGACCGGAAUCUGAGGGCUUUUAUUCUUGGCGUCGUGUCAUUCACGAUUGGCCAGACUCCUCUCAGCCGCACAGAACCACACUACUCGCGGGACCAGCUCGAACGGAUCCAGCGGCGAUGUCACCGGGCCAGCAUGGCGAUCCUAGACAGGAGUUAUCACAACGUGACACUGUAUCAUAUCGGCACGUUGAUCACGGGAUACUUCUGCGCCCAAAGCAUGGGGCAGGUACACCGCGCUGCAGCGCUCCUGGCGGAAGCGUGCCAGAUAACGCAUAUCAUGAGGCUGCAGGACGACCCCCCCAGUACGGCCAACGCGAUUGAGCGUGAGCAGCGGCUCCGCGUCUUCUGGCACGUGUACGCAGUGGACAUUACCGAGGCGGCUGCGGGCGACCUGGUUCAUAUCAAUGCAGAAUACGAGGGUCUCCCGCCACUUCCGCUGAUUGUGGACGACGAGUACAUUACAGCGGCUGGGAGUUUCCCACAGCCUGAAGCCUCGAGGAGCUACAUGACUGGCUUUGUGUGCGUCGUACAGCUGUGGCCGAUCCUGUCGCAGUGCAUAGUGCGCUACCGCCGCUUGAAGCUUGCACAACGGCACGGGCGGGUGCUUGGGCCGGCCGAGGUUGAAGCCGAGCGUGAGUGGGUGCGUAACAUGCGCGCCGAUGUCGACGGCAUUCGCGCAAGCGUGCCCGCCGCACUACUGCAAGGCACAUGGGACGAGGGGGUCGAUGAGACCACUCGCGCGGUGUGGGGCAUGCAGCGCGCCAACUUUAUCAUAACCGAGGCGUCGGUGUGGUUUUCACUCUUUGACUACAAUGGCAUGCUGGGCCCCAUCACGGAGGAGGAGACCGCUGAGCGAACAAACCUCGCAAGACACAUGUACCACAUCCUUUCGAGUAUCCCACUCGAUGACUUGGCCGCCAAUGGCGAGAGCAUCCGCGGCAAGUUGACGCGCAUCAUCAUUGCGUUGCUCAGCAUCCCGGACAUGGGCGUAGACUGGGCUAGUACCAUCCAAGACUGGUGGUCGUUGUUCUCGCAAAUCAACUUUGUCCAGCUCAUGCCGACCGACCUCUCGUCGGUGCUCGAGAGCCGGAUGCCCAGCCCGGGGUGA